UUCAUCAUCUUGUCUGGAAGAGGAAAAUUAGCUUCAUCGUAAAGUUUCGCUUGAUAAUAGUUGAAGAAUCAUCUGGAGCUCCAGAAACUCCUUCAACACACCGCGAGUCUCCUCGUAGAUCAGACCGGAGAUCCGCUUGACACCGACACGGCGAGCGAGACGAUGAAUGGGUUUGAUGAUUCUUCAACUAUUAUCUAUUGAUUAUUUCUUGCUCACAGUUUAAAUUUUUUUCAUUUUUGAGCACCACUUUUUGGCUUGCUGAACAUUGCAGUUGCUUGGCUGUUAACAACUAUUAAGUUAGAUGAGACUAGGGUUGCCAACCGUUCCGUAUAAUACGGAAUCGUCCCGUAUUUGACACAUAAAAGGCUUGUUCCGUAUUGAACUGAUACGGAACGCACUUUGUUCCGUAUUUUUGAGAAUCAGUUCAGUAGCCUACAAAUCCAUGACAGACGCAUAGCUUCUAAUAUAUAUGUCAGACAGACUAUGAUGAAUGAACGAAGACCCGCUGCUAUAAUGGCAAAUUCGGGGACUUGGCGCCCCCUUGGCGGGCUCUGACGUGUAAUGACGUAGAGUUGGCUCAUUGGUCGCACGUCAGAGGCGCCCGCGCCAUUGGAUGUGCAGUUCCCGCAGCGCAGCCUAUGAGCGAGCCAGACGCUCAAUGUGCAAAUGCGUUUUACAGGCUUCAGUAAAUCGAGUAAAAUGUGUUUCCGAAGACAUUUGUAGGCUAUGAUAAGAAAAACUACUAAAAUUAAAAAUAGAAUUUUUUGCACUGGAAAUAACAUUCUAGAAGUCUAAUUCUAUUGAAUAAGUUCGCACAAGGCUACAGAAAACUGUUGUGUUUAUUUUUCUUCAAAUGCAGUCUAAGCCGAUGAGUUUUGAAGUAGAACCUGAUGUUGCAGAACCUGAAAAUGAAAUCAUGGAAGAAAAUCUUGGAUUAGAUCCAAUGGCAGCUGUUGUGUCUGACCCAGAGGAUAGAUCUUAUUAUCAAGAUGAUAGUGAUGUAGAAGAAAUAUCUGACUGGGAGGAACCAGAAAAACUCAGAAAUCGCCUUUCCAACUGGGCAUUAACAUAUGGUAUUUCCCAUAUUGCACUUUCGGCUCUCUUGGCAAUAUUAACGGUCCACCACUGUGACUUGCCAAAAGAUGCACGAACUCUUCUUAACACAAGAAGAGAUUAUUCUGUUAGGGAGCUCUGCGGUGGCCUUUACCACUACAUUGGCAUUAUUGAGGCGUUAAAACAUACCCUUUCCCAGUGGAAAGACAAGCUUGUCGAUGGAUGUUGUUUAUAUCUUCAAAUGUCAGUGGAUGGCCUGCCACUUUUAAAAGUUCAGGUCUUCAGUUGUGGCCCAUUUUAGGUAGAUUGGUUGGAGUACCCAUGAAAGAACCUGUAGUCAUUGGGAUGUACUCAGGUAUAAAGAAACCUGAGUCAUCAAAAAUGUAUCUCACAGAUUUGGCAAAUGAACUCUCACAAUUACAGGAGGGGUUUACAUUUGAGGGGAAAAGGCUCACUUUAAAAGUUCAUUCGAUGAUCUGUGACGCACCGUCAAAAUCCUUUGUGAAAGUCACAAAGGCUUUUAACGGUUACUAUGGUUGUGACAAGUGUAUUCAGAGUGGGGUGUACCUCAACCACCGCAUGACAUACCCCCUCAUGAAUAGCCAAACACGGUCUGAUGAGGCAUUUUCCAGGCAGGAGGAUGAGGAACACCACCAUGGUCCUCAUGCCUUCACAAAUGUACAUUUUGGUUUGGUGUCCCAAGUCCCACUGGACUACAUGCACCUGGUGUGCUUGGGGGUGGUAAGGCGCCUUAUCUUUCUGUGGAUGAAAGGUCCUCUGACUGUCCGUGUACCAGGGAGAGACGUGGACAGAAUAUCCAGAAAUCUUCUAAGCUUAAGACCCCACAUUCCUUCGGAAUUUGCUAGAAGGCCAAGAGCACUGAACGAAGUGGAUAGGUGGAAGGCGACGGAGUUCCGUCAGUUUCUCUUAUACACAGGGCCGGUGGUGUUGCGCGAGGUGUUAAGACCUGAUCUAUAUACAAACUUCCUGCUGCUGUCGACAGCCAUGGCAAUGCUGGUCUCCCCUUUCUUUGCCAGAAAGUACAACGAAUAUGCCAACAGCCUCCUUCAUGCUUUUGUGGAACAUUUUGCCCGCCUGUAUGGAAAUGAUCAGCUAGUGUACAACGUGCAUGGGUUGACCCAUCUUGCACAGGAUGCAAAACAUUUUGGCAAUCUGGAUGUUAUAUCAUCAUUUCCAUACGAAAAUUAUUUGCAAAAACUCAAGGGUUUUGUACGCAAACCCUCAAAUCCCCUGGCCCAAAUAAUCAGAUGCCUGCCCGAGGGAUUAAAUGGUGGUGUUACAAGUGACCAGCCCAUCAAAUUGUGCAAAGAACAUGCCCGAGGCCCUAUACCAGUACCAAACUUGAUCUGUCACCAGUAUGACGAACUGAUAUCAGAGAGGUUCACCAUGACCACAACAUGUCGAAACAACACAUUUCUGAUGGGCAAAAAUUUGUGUCAAAUAAUUUAUAUAAUUGACUGUCACGGUGAUAUCAUAAUUGCCUACAGACAGUACGGGAUGGUUGAAACAUUUUUUACCUAUCCUUUUAAUUCGGACAUUUUAAACAUUGUGAUACCAGCUGACCUAGGCCAUGAGAUAAAAUUCUCCAAACUGUCAUCUUUCACACAAAAAUGCAUGGCUGUCCCUUUCAAUGAGGCAAUGGUGGUUAUACCGUUGUUUCAUAUGAAGGACUAGACUUUAUUUUUGAAAAUCAUAGUUCAGUUCAGUUCAGUUCAGUUAUGUAUUUUUUUAAUCAUCUUAUUUUUUACACAAUGAUUUCUAAAAGACAUUCUGUGGAGUAAUUUUCCUCGACGAGGACAUUACAGAAGUUGUGCCGAGGUCAUGGGUUAAAGGUGAUGAAUGUUUUUGGCCAACAUUCAUUUCUGAGGAAAAACCCAAAAGGCCAUAAAGAGGCAUGAAAUGCCAGGCCCUGGCUGGAAAAUCUUCAAAAUAAGAACACUCUUUGAAAAAGUAGAUGACUUCAGUAAGGCAAGGCAAAAGCUGAAGGACUACAACAGAAAUGGAACGGCAGUCCUCCAGUCAGAGGAUGAGAGCUCAAUGGCAAAAAGGAGAAGAAAAGAGACACAUUACCCAGGAUUUGAAAACGGCAGUACUGACUCUGAAACUGAGCAGACUCCAAAAAGAAGACCAGAGCCUCGGCCUCGGCCUCGGCCUCGGCCUCAACCUCUCGCUAUUAGCGCUACACUUCCUAGUCUCCCUCCAGCCCCC